AUUCCGUUCCCUUCGAUGUCCCUCGAGCACUACUGGGAACUGCUGAACGAGGCGUUCGACGUUCUCAGUAAUGCCCACCGGCGUCAAAUCUACGACCUGUACGGUGAAGAGGGCCUCAAAUCCGGAGUCGUUACCCCGGCAGGAUUCGUCCCGCCGUACAAGUUCUCCAACGAUUGCAUGAAGAUCUACAAGGAUUUUUUCGCAACCUACUCACCGUACGGGGACUUUAUCGAUGCCGUCACGCGGCCCCCUCCGCUGUGCGCUGAUGACCCGACGGCGGUGCGCGUCAAAGGCCCGGACAUUGUGCACCCCAUCGAGCUGAGCCUGGAGGAGAUCUUCCACGGGGCGAUCAAGAAGAUGCGAAUCAUCCGGGAGGAAUUCGCCGACGAGGCGCAGGUUGAGAUGGUGCUCGUGGAGGACACGAUUCCCGUGCACGUCCCGCCGGGAGUUCCGUCCGGGACGAGCAUUCGAUUUCCGGAAGCUGGCAAUCGCGGACCGAAGAUUAUACCGUCGGAUAUUGUGUUUGUCGUGACGGAGAGCAAUCAUGACCGUUUUCGCCGAGAUGGCGUUGAUUUGCAUGCGGUUCAGAACAUUUCGCUGGAAAAUGCGUUGAUUGGGUUUUCACUCGAGAUUGAAGGGAUCGAUGGGAGGCAGAUCGUAACGCAAAUAGUCGAUAUUGUUGACCCGCACUACGUGAAGAUAUUCGAGGGUGAAGGGCUUCCAUUUCCUGAAGACACUACCCAACGUGGAGAUCUGUUUGUAACAUUUGAAGUUAGCUUUCCAAAUUUCAUUCCAAAGGAACUGAGGGAAAAGUUUCGGACCGUAUUUCAAGAACUAAACUGCCCUGAAUAA